UUCUGUUUGUCCUUCAACGCAAUCCGUCGAUUAGUUUUUCUAACAUGGCGACCAGCAUCUAAGACACGCGAUUGAAUGUUAUACGGUAUUAGACCUAACAAUAUACAUUUUUUUUCCUUGCAAAAAUUUGUGGAGUCACCAAAAUUCAAUCAUGUCAGGAAGACAUAACAACAAAUUGCCAACAAAUUUACCACAGCUGCAGAAUCUUAUCAAAAGAGACCCCCAGUCUUACACGGAAGAGUUUUUACAGCAGUACCGACAUUACCAGUCCAAUGUUCAGAUUCUAAAACUUCAACCAGAUAAGCCCAGUAAAGAACUUGGAGAGCUGUUUAUGUUUCUAUCUCAGGUUGCACAUUGUUAUCAGCAGCAGAUGUCCAGUUUUCCGCAAGAACUGAUUGAAAUUCUCUUAAAUCAUCAUACAGUUCUUGAUUCUGACCUACGCAUGACUUUGUGUAAGGCACUUAUCCUUCUCCGAAACAAGGACCUCAUUAGUCCGACUGAUUUACUUGAACUGUUUUUUGAGCUGCUGCGCUGCCAUGACAAGCUUCUUCGUAAGACACUGUACACGCACAUUGUAUCAGACAUCAAGAACAUUAACGCUAAGCACAAAAACAACAAAGUGAACACGAGUCUGCAGAACUUCAUGUACACAAUGCUUAGGGACAGCAAUGCUGUGGCAGGAAAGAUAUCUCUGGACGUCAUGGUUGAGCUCUAUAUGAGGAACAUCUGGAAUGAUGCCAAAACUGUAAAUGUCAUUACAACAGCAUGCUUCUCCAAAAUCACGAAGAUUCUUGUGGCAGCACUGAAAUUCUUUUUGGGCAAAGAUGAGGAUGAUAAGAAGGACAGCGAUUCGGAGUCUGAGGAUGAAGGGCCCACAGCUAGAGACAUAAUUUUGAGAUAUUCGACGGGAAAGAAAAGCUCAAAAAACAAGAAGAAGAUGGAAAAGGCCAUGAAAGUUCUUAAGAAACAUAAGAAGAAAAAACGUGCCGAGGUCUUUAACUUCUCCGCCAUUCAUCUGAUUCACGAUCCUCAAGAUUUUGCAGAGAAACUUUUCAAACAGCUCGAGAGCUCUAAGGAACGCUUUGAGGUGAAGAUGAUGAUGAUGGAGCUCAUUUCUCGACUCGUGGGGAUCCAUGAGCUUUUUCUCUUCAACUUCUACCCAUUCAUACAGCGUUUUCUCCAGCCUCAUCAGAGGGAAGUUACUAAGAUCCUGCUGUGUGCCGCACAGGCUUCUCAUCAGCUAGUUCCUCCAGAGGUUAUUGAGCCUGUAAUCAUGACGAUAGCUAACAACUUUGUCACGGACAGAAACUCGGGAGAGGCCAUGACUGUUGGCAUAAAUGCGAUUAGGGAACUUGCAGCCCGCUGUCCUUUGGCGAUGACAGAAGACCUGCUGCAUGACUUGGCUCAAUACAGAAUGCACAAAGACAAAAAUGUGAUGAUGUCGUCCAGAGGGUUGAUUCAGCUUUUUAGAAAUUUGAAUCCUAAGAUGCUGCAGAAAAAAGACAGGGGUAAACCUACGGAAUCCUCCGCUGAAGCCAAGAUCCAGGACUAUGGAGAGCUGGAGGCCAAGGACUACAUACCUGGAGCUGAGGUUCUUGGCCUGGAUGAAGAAAAUCAUGAAGCUGAAGGGGAUGAAGAAGAGUGGGAGAGUGUCAGCGAGGAUGACGAAGACGACAACGACGAUGGAGAGUGGGUUGACGUUCAUCACUCCUCCGAUGAGGAGCAAGGGGAGAUGGCAGCGAAACUGGAGAACAUGCCAGCAGACGAGAGGAAAGCCAAGGCGGCCACAGUCAGCAUGAGCCGGCUCCUCACGCAGGAGGACUUCAAGAAGAUCCGCGUUGCGCAGAUGGCCAAGGAAGUCAGCUCUGCUCCUGGCAAGGGCCAGAAGAGGAAGAACGUGGACAGCGAUGACGAGGAAAGAGGAGAGUUGCUUAAAUUGAGGGAUAUUGAGCGUCUGCACAAGAAACCCAAAGCCGACAAAGAAUCGCGCCUGGCCACUGCAAUGGCCGGGAGAACGGAAAGGAAGGAGUUUGUCAAGAAGAAAACCAAGCUGAAUCCCUAUGCCAGCUCCACAAACAAGGAGAAGAAGAAGAGGAAGAACUUCAUGAUGAUGCGACACAGUCAGGGCGUUCGCACCAAGAACAAGCGAUCGUUCCGAGAAAAACAGUUGGCCUUAAAAGAGGCACUUCUGAAAAAGAAGAAGCUACUGAAGUAGUAGGUGUUCAGAAGUCUGUCGGCCUCUUGUGGAUUAUAAGAAUUUAUGCCCAGUGUAAGAUGUCCUGUAAUACAACUUGUAUUAAAAUGUUGUUCGGC